ACAUCUUUUCCAGCUAGCUGUAACCGGCUAGCCAGUCUGUUGUCGAGUUGACACCCUCUCCCUUACCUUGGCAGCAGUUAAGCUGCACAGUCGACAUGGCAAGAAAAUAUCGCAGCAAUUUCCUUAAAAAAGAUGAAAAACUUCCAAGUCUUUUGGAAUAAUAUUCAUCACGAGAUGUGAUCCACAAUCCACAAUGUGUGAGGACAUUUAAGAACGAUUGAGUUCGGAAGAAAAAAAAUUGAUUCCAGUGGAAUCUUUCAUUAUAUAUAUAUAAAAUUAUUAUAUAUUUUCCGCUGUGUUUAAGCUCACAUACAUUUAUACACACCCAUCCCAUCAACAUAUAACCAUGCCAGUGCAAGCACCACAAUGGACAGAGUUCCUGCUGUGCCCGAUCUGCACACAGACAUUUGAGGAAACUGUUCGCAGGCCCAUCAGCUUAGGCUGUGGACAUACAGUCUGCAAGAUGUGCCUGAACAAGUUGCACCGAAAGGCCUGUCCCUUUGACCAGACAGCCAUCAGCACAGACAUCGAGCAGUUACCUGUCAACACAGCUUUGUUGCAGCUGGUGGGAGGCCAGGUUCCCAAGGCUCAGCCAGUUGCUUUGAUAACAAGUCCAGAGGACUCACAACAUUAUGAGGAGGCCAGGCAGUGUGUGGAGGAGCUGGCCCUCUACCUUAAACCCCUCAGCAACACCCGAGGUGUAGGGCUGAGCAGCACCGCUCAGAGCAUGCUGAGUCGACCCAUGCAGAGGAAACUGGUUACUCUGGUCCACUGCCAGCUGGUGGAAGAAGAAGGCCGUGUUAGAGCCAUGAGAGCGGCUCGCUCUCUGGGCGAGCGAACUGUCACUGAGCUCAUCUUGCAGCACCAGAAUCCACAGCAGCUCUCGUCCAACUUGUGGGCUGCUGUCCGUGCACGAGGAUGCCAGUUUCUCGGCCCAGCCAUGCAGGAAGAAGCCCUAAAGUUGGUCCUCCUUGCUCUUGAGGAUGGCUCUGCUUUGUCAAGAAAGGUGCUGGUUCUAUUUGUAGUCCAGAGGCUUGAGCCACGGUUCCCUCAGGCUUCCAAAACUAGCAUAGGCCACGUUGUGCAGCUUCUCUACAGGGCCUCCUGUUUCAAGGUUACCAAACGUGAUGAAGAUUCAUCCCUAAUGCAGCUGAAAGAGGAGUUUCGUACUUACGAGGCUCUGCGACGGGAGCACGACUCUCAGAUUGUUCAGAUUGCUAUGGAGGGUGGAUUGCGGAUUGCUCCUGACCAGUGGUCUUCUCUUUUGUAUGGGGAUCAGUCUCACAAGUCACACAUGCAGUCUAUUAUAGAUAAGCUGCAGACCCCAGCAUCUUUUGCUCAGAGUGUCCAGGAGCUGACAAUUGCGCUGCAAAGGACUGGAGACCCAGCCAACCUCAACAGGCUGCGGCCCCAUCUGGAACUUUUGGCCAACAUUGAUCCCAGUCCUGAUGCUCCUCCUCCUACAUGGGAGCAACUUGAGAAGGGGUUGGUAGCAGUGAAAACAGUGGUACAUGGCCUGGUGGACUUUAUCCAGAACCACAGCAAGAAAGGAGCCGAUCCUCAACAGCCUCCUCAGCACAGCAAAUACAAGACUUACAUGUGUCGUGACAUGAAGCAGAAGGGAGGCUGUCCUCGUGGAGCCAGCUGCACCUUUGCACACUCUCAGGAAGAACUAGAGAAGUAUCGUAAGAUGAACAAGCGUCUGGCAGCUCGCCUCCCUGGCUCAGGCGGACUCUUGUCAGAUGAUCCUCUCGAUGUAGCAGUGACCCGAAAGCCUUCACCCUUGGCCAAUGGGACUGGUGGAUCCUCUUUGCCCACGCUUAUUGCUCGUGGCACCGACCCAGUCUCAUAUGAACUGCCGCGUAAAUCUGUUAAGAUGGACGGAGGGAGUCCCAGUGCCCCAGGAUCACCUCCUGAUGUCCUGGACACUGUGCCCAAACAUGGCAUGACUAUGCCACCUCAUGCCCUAGCCCACCCCAGGAUUUCAGCAGAUAACCUGUCAGUGGUUCCCAGAGGAUCACCAGUGUACCCCCAGCAACAGCUCGCUGAGAUGUACGGUGACACUCGUCCACCACCUUCUGCCUCUCACUAUGAGCCCCAACCAUAUUCUGCAGGUUACCCCUACCAGCAGCCACCACAGUAUGUUCCAAGAGAUUACAUCCGUAACCCUCCUCCGCAUAGUGAGUCAGGACCCCCUUACCCGGAUCCUUACCCUGGUUAUGGCCCUCCAGAACGAACCUACCCGGCCCCUCACUCUGGUCAACAAUUCUCCUACCCUCAUCCUUCACACUAUGACAGAGGUCGCCAUAUGUCCUACAGUGGUCCGCCACCUCCCCCUCAGCCUUACCCAUCUCAAAGGGAAGGCUUGGUCAGAAUGAGUCCAGCACCUCUAGAUGUGCCCCCACCAUCAACAGGGCAUUCCAACUCUGUUUACCACCCAGAGCCCAGUAGCCGGGAUAGAUAUGCAGCAGAUGGCUACUAUCCACCAGGUGCUCAACCUAUGAAUAUGAGGUCCUAUGUGAGGGGGCCAUCAUGUGGUGGUCCUCAAGCCAGCCUGGACUAUCUGCAUCGACGCCGGCAGGAGCUGUUAUCCCAGCUGGAGGAAAGGAAGGUCAUUUCGCCUCCACCUUUUGCUGCUUCACCCACUCUUACACAACAUCCCUUCCCCAACGACUACCCUCCUGAUUAUGACGAGGAUAACUCCAAAGCAAUUCCAAAAUGCAGACUAGCCAACUAUACGGGGCAAUACUCUCCCUGGUCUUGUGAAACUAUUGGCUCAUACAUUGGCACAAAAGAUCCCAAACCCAAAGAUGUUAUGGUUCCUCCUCCUGUGGAGAUGAUGAAUGUGGAUGCUAAAGGCCUGAGAGAACCGUCGUUGGAGGCCCCUCGGAAGGGCACAGAAGUAAAGGAUGAUGACCCCAUUAUUCCAUUUGGUACCCUGCCCACUGUGUCGCGCUUUGGGGCCAUCUCUCGCACCUCAAAGACAGGCUAUCAGACCACUGGACCUGUACAGGCCAUGGCCUCCACUCCCCAGAACCCAAAUUCUAAACACAUGGCCAUGCCAGCAGAAUACACAUAUGGAAGCCAUGGAGGAUGGGGUGGAACUUCAUACCCCACCCACCAGAAUGCCUCCUCCUCUCAGGGACAUUUUAGUGAGCGUCUACCCAUGGCAGCCUCAGACAGAGAGCAGUUAAAGAUUGAGCUACAGCAGGUGAACCAGCAGAUCAGCCAACAGACACAGAUGCACAGCAUGGAGGCUGCCAGUAAUUCUUUACUCCUGCAGAGGGAGGCCAGUGCAUUGGCUACUCACCCUGGCCAGGGCCAGGCAGCAGUAGCCUCACAACAGCAACAACCCAAGUGGCCAUCAGGGGGAGCAAAUGCAACAGCUGUCUCCAGUGAACAGCUUAGCCUGGAGCUUCACCAGGUUGAGAAAGAGAUCGGCAAAAGGACCCGUGAGAUGGCUAUGGAAAACCAGGUGGUCCAUGAUGUUCAGCAGUACAAGAUGAAACCUGCUGAGAAUGGACAGCCAGAGCAUAAGACUCCACUGGAAGAAAUCUCCUUGGCGCUUGCUGAGGUGUCAAAUGGCUCCAGCGGUCUGCCGGAAAGUGCAGUGGGCGGGUCCAUGCUGUCACUGACGAAUAAAGCAUCUGCAUUGAGCUUAUGUUCAGAUCCAGGUGUCACUGGUUCAGAGAUGCAGAAGAAUGGUGUUGUCCAUUCCUGCUCUUAGGAAGUACACAUUUACACACAUUCAAAAGCAUGCACAGGCACACAUACACCCAUUCUAUUUAGAAGAUGAGCAGUAUCUGCCGUGAUGAAUUUUCUUUCUUUUUGUUCUGUGAAUGAGCUUUUUUUUUUUUUUUUUAAUGACUUUCCUUGCCUGGAAACCAGGGCAUAUGAUAACAUUUCUUGUGUGUGUUGUUUUUUUUUUUUUGUUUGUUUGUUUUUUUGUACUGGGUUUAGAUUAACAAGGCUCACAGUAGAUUCAGGAAGAGAAAAUGGUGGUGACGUUGACAGUGUCAUUACAACUUUAUUUAAAAAGUAUAUGCAUAUUCAACCUCAACGGUAAAAUUAUAGCAGAGUAUUUGAUCCUCCUGGAGAAGAAUGUUGGGUUAGUUGAACGGUUAGGUAAAUAGGAGCACCUUGUAACAUCGCAUACACUCUGAAUAAAUUCUGUACGAUCUGGUUUAUGAUUGACGAUGGCAGAAAUGUCACUCUUGGUACUCACCCCCCAAAAUCGUAAGAAAAAAACAAAAAAAAGAGGUUGCCCAGAUCUGGAUGUCUGAGAAGGGAAAAGCACUUCAAUAUUCCACCUGGAUUCAGCUAAAAUGGGCAUGCAGGUGUUUUUAAAAAUGCAGUGUUACACCACAUGCACUUCCGCACCUGCCAUGAGAAGUAUGACUUUUAUUUUUGCAUUUUAUGAACACGUGUCUGUUUCAUAUUUGAAAGCAGUUUAUAAUAUAUUUAAUUGGAGCAUUCUGUUUUAAAGAUUGCAUUAAGUCUUUGAUAAUGAGCUUUCCGUGUUUUCUAUAAGGGAACCUACUAAGUGCUUCUCUUGAAUUAUUUUUAUUUUUUGUUUUUUAUGUGACCCUGAUGUGAUUUGGUUGCCUUUCACCAAUGCUCCUGACUGUCUGCUGCAUUCAGUUCAGUCAAAAUUGUUGUGAGCUUGUGCAUGCAGGUUACCAGACGGAGAUGGUGCACCUUUUUGUAUCAGGAGUCACUUGAAUGACUGUGAAGUUGACCUUAAAACAUCAAGGCAAAUAAGGGAUUUCCCUCCUCAGAGAUUCUCAUCUGGCCACACAAAAGGCCUCCCCAUUGGGAUUAUCUUGUCAUUUGUUCUCCUAACUUCUAUGAAGUUGCCUUCCCUUGUGUAUGUUUUGUUAAAUUUUUGUCUUACUUUUUUCUUGCUUUACAUUGUUACGAUUUUGGGCGAUGAUGCUUACCCUGUGAAGGUUUUAUCCAGCUUAGUUGAAGACACACUCUCCUCUCCGUCAUGAAAUGGCUAUAGUUGGCAGUGAGUCCAGAAAGGUUGCUGUUGUAGCGUUCUUGGCUGCAUUAGUACAUUUGAAAUCAUGUUUACAGCUGAAGAAAGCAGUGUUAUUUACUGAGGAGUGGCUGGAAACCUUCAGGAACGGCUAUGCUUCGAUCAGAUUAAUAAAUUCAUUCACCUUG